AUGGGUUGGCUCCCUUGGUCCUCCGAUUCCUCCGCGUCGAAGACUGCCUCCGACGGUGGCCGCAUAGCUCCGGACCGGUCGUCGCGGAAGCGCUGCUGGGAGGGUCGUGAUCUCUUCUUCUCCUGUCUCGACGACAACAAUAUCAUAGACGCCAUCAAGGAUGAUAAGGAAGCGCGUCGCAAAUGUGGCCAGGAAAUUGCAGAAUUCGAGACGGCCUGUUCCCAGACGUGGGUCAAGUACUUCAAGGAGAAACGUGUGAUGGAAUAUAACCGCGACAAGACGAUCGAGCGGAUCAAGCAAGAGGAUGCGGCCAAAGUCCAAGAUCUAAAAGCGCAGGGCCGGGGAUCGAGAUGA